AUGACUGUCAUCAUUACAUCCGCGAUCAUCGCCACCGGCCUCUUCUACAGCAGCAGACCCAAGACCCAGCCCUCCGUCUUCUCUGCCGCCUCCUCGAAGAUCGCCGCCUACGCCUACGCACCCCUGUCCAUCCAGAUCCCCACCGCCGACCGCCGCCGUCUCGAGCGCAACUCUCCCCCCUCGACCCCUCCCAUGCUCUCCCCCUCGGCCUCCUCGACCUCCUCCUUUGACGACGGCAACCCCCUUGCCGAGAUCCUCUCUUCCAUGGCCAACGCCAACUCUGCCCGCCGCAAGUCCCAAGAGUACUUCUUCCCCAACCAGACCACCUUUGAGUCUGCCGUGCCCCAUGUCAUUCGUGCCAAGGAUGUUGUCCUGAAGGACCACCCCCAUGUCGAGGGCGCCUAUGCCGAGUACGAUGAGUUGUACAAUGCCGAUUCCUUGGUCACCAAGGACGGUCGCCACAUGGUCCGUCUCCUCUAA